AUGCCAAAACGAAAGCAAGGCAGCGACGACGUCGACGACGGUAAAUCCUCCUCUUCCGAGGUCAGCCUCGUCGACGUCUCGUUCGAUUUCUUCGACCCGAACCCCAACGUCGAUUACCACGCAAUCAAGCGCCUUCUUGGGCAGCUCUUCCAACGUGAUGCGGAGGGGUUGAAUCUGCAUGAGCUGACGGAGCUAAUUCUGGGGCAGCCGACGGUGGGGACGACCAUCAAGACAGACGGGGUCCAGAGUGAUCCGUUCGCGCUGCUGACCGUCCUGAACAUGCACCUACACCAUCAAAACGCGUCUAUCAAGGCGAUUGCGAACUAUGUGCUCGCAAUCACGGCCACACACGACCAGGCAUUCCAUGCAACCCUCCAGCAACUAUUCUCCCAAUCUGACGCGCAUGUGGGGCUGGUUCUGUGCGAGAGAUUGGUUAACAUGCCUGUCCAGGUGAUCCCGCCGAUGUACACCAUGCUGGCCGACGAGGUGAAGUGGGCUCUCGCCGAUGGGGAGCCGUACAACUUCACACACCUGAUAAUCGUCUCCCGCGUCUACCACCUGACAGAGGAUGAGGAAUCGCUGCUCGCCAAUUCGGCAUCCACGCGCCGGGCACGGGGAUCUGGGUCCGCAGCGAAUGGAGAUGGCUCUCCGAAGAAACAUAAGAAACACCGAGCGCAGGAAGACGAGGGGAGCUCCGUCGCGCGCCCUGAGGACGGCAUAUACCCAUUCCACCCCGAAGACAACAUUAUCUGGCAGUCCGCCAUCCACUCGCUGACGUUCCCGUACCAGACACCGGUCCCUCCAUUGGUUCAGGAGACACGCUCGCGCGAUGCCUUCGGACUGGAUGUUCGAGGGCGGAUCAUGAUGGUGUCAGGUGGCGCAGAAACGUUCAGAGAGCUGGGGACGAAGAUGAAAGACGUUUUUGGAACUGGUUAG